AUGCUCGAAAUUCCUGUAAUUGACCUGAAACACUAUAAAGCUACUCAUGAUACGACUAUAUGCAAGAAAGCUGCGGAAUCAUUACAUAGCUUUGGUGUACUUUGUGUGCGUGAUGAGCGAGCAGCAGAUCAUGAGAAUGACCAAUUCUUGGAUAUGAUGGAACGAUAUUUUGAAUCGACAGAUUUUAUACAAGAUGCACGACCAGAAUAUCACUAUCAAGUGGGUGUGACACCCGAGCGAAAGGAACGUGCUCGUAAUCAUUGUGCUCGUGCUAGAACGCUUGAUAAACGCUUUGUUCCAGUAUCUCUAUGUCCUCCUGAGGCAGAUAAGAAAAGUCGCUUCUUUUGGCGUAUUGGUGCACGUCCAGUGAAUACCAAGUUUGACGAGCUAAAUGCAGCACCAGUGAUUCCCAAGCAGUUUCUUGAAUGGAAAAAGGUCAUGAACAUGUGGGGUGGAAAGAUGCUUGAUGCGAUUGCAGACGUCGUGGAGAUUGUUGCCCUUGGACUUGGUCUGGAGAAUGAUGCGCUGGUGAGAUAUCUUGAAUACGGCCCACACUUGCUAGCACCGACAGGUAGCAACUUUAACGUGCACAACAAGCUGAAUGACGUUCUGGCAGCUUAUCAUUACGAUUUGAAUUUACUGACGAUUCAUGGCAAGUCGCGUUUUCCUGGACUGUUUAUUUGGCUUCGCGAUGGCACACGCACGGCCGUGAAGAUUCCUGAUGGAUGUCUACUCGUUCAGGCGGGCAAGCAGAUGGAAUACUUGACAGGCGGACACAUUCAAGCAGGCUUCCAUGAAGUUGUAGUAGCAAACUCGACCCUUAAGACGAUUGCUCAGCGCAAGAAUGCUGGCAAAAGCCUUUGGCGUGUAUCGUCUACUCUUUUCUCGCAUACAGCAUCGGAUAAGACGCUAGAACCAUUGGGACACUUCGCAACACCCGAGGCUGUAGCAAAGUAUCCGCCUAUUCUUGCGGGCAAUCAAGUGCUAGAAGAGCUUUCUCAAAUUGAACUUGGCGAGGGCAUUAACCUUCGUCGUGAAUAA